AUGGCCUCCAGGACCCAGCAGGGCACAGAGGCUGCCCGCAGCCCCACCGCCUGCUACUGGGAGCUGAGCCAGUUCCCAGCCAUCACGGGCGCCGCGCUCGGGGCCGCUGCAGGGGCACAGAGCUUCCAGCUCUACACCGAAUGCAGUCGUCCUGACCUGCCCCGCCGCCGGCUCCUGCGGUUCAGCCGCCACUACAGCCUGCACCGUACAGGCAAUGGUGGCCUCACCGUCAGCCGGGCAGCGCUCAGCACCGAGAUCAACAACCAGCUCCUGAGCCGGGAUUCACCCACCGGGCAGCACCGCGCCGUGCUCAGCCGCUGCCCACAGCAGGGCCAUGAGCUGCUGGAGGUGUGGGGCAGCAGUGGGCGCAGCCACAGUGUGGACCUCACGGCGCUGGGGAAGCAUGGGGAGGUCUACACAGAGGGGCCCUUUGCCUGCCUGGCGUGGUCCCACUCAGAGACACAGCUGCUCUAUGUGGCCGAGAGAAGCCGACCCAAACGAUGGGCACCCUGUGCCUGGGAUGUGCCAGGAGCAGCCAGGCCGGCAGAGGAGGUCGAGGAUGAGGAGGAGCAGUUUGUGUACCACGAGGACUGGGGGGAGGCACUGAGCACCCGCAGCGUGCCCGUCCUCUGCGCCCUGGACCUGGAGAGCAGCAGCCUCUCGGUGCUGGAGGGCAUCCCAGAGCACCUCUCCCCUGGCCAGGCCCUGUGGUCCCCGGGUGACCACGGUGUGGUGUUCGUGGGCUGGUGGCAUGAGCCCUUCCGCCUGGGGCUGAGCGCCUGCUCUAACAGGAGGUCAGGGAUUUUCCACCUGGACCUGAGCAGCAGGAGCUGCGAGCUGCUGUCAGCCGAGCAUGGAGCUGCCUUCUCCCCACGGCUGAGCCCCGACGGCAGGCGCCUGCUCUACCUGGAGGGUGAUGUGGGGGGCCCGCAUCGGCAGUGCCUGCGCCUGUGCAUGGUGAGCAUGCUCACCUGGCAGACGAGGCAGACAGUGACAGUGCUUGAUGUGGUGCAGGAGCCCACGGAGGGUGAGUCCUUCGCAGGGCUGUUCACGGAGGUGCUGCCCCUGCGGUGCUGGGCGGCUGACAGCCAGCGAGUGGUGCUGAGCACCCCACAGCGCAGCCGCACUGACCUGCUGCUGGUGGACACGGAGGCAGCCACCGUCACCAACCUGACGGCAGGGUCACCCGAAGGGUGCUGGGAGCUGCUCACCCUCCAGUGGGACCUGCUGGUGGCCACAUGCUCAGCACCACACCACCCGCCUAGCCUGGUAGUGGCGGUGCUGCCACCGGCGGGCCAGGAGCUGCCGCUCUGCUGGGUGCCGGUGGAGGACACCCCAAUAGUGCCCGCUGUCACCUGGAAGACCCUGACAGUCCGGCCCCCCUGCAGUGGGCAGAGCCCAGCUGUGCACAGCACCCAGGCUUUUGAGGCCCUGCUGCUGAGCCCACCAGACAGCAUGGCACCGCACCCCCUCGUUGUGUGUCCCCAUGGUGGCCCCCAUGCCGUCUUCGAUGCCCGAUGGCGCCCAGGCAUGGCCGCGCUGUGCUGGCUGGGCUUUGCUGUGCUCCUGGUGAACUACCGUGGCUCCCUGGGCUUCGGCCAGGCCAGCAUCAGCUCCCUGCUGUCCCGAGUGGGUGAACAGGAUGUGGCAGACACCCAGCUGGCAGUGGAGCAGGCACUGCACAGUGAGCCCCUGGACCCACACCGCCUGGCCCUGCUGGCUGGUUCCCAUGGAGCCUUCAUCGCCCUCCACCUCCUCACCCAUGAGCCCAAGCGCUACCGAGCCUGUGCCCUGCGCAGCCCCGUUUCCAACCUGCCUGCACUGCUUGGGACUUCCGACAUCCCUGACUGGCGCUACACCUCCCUGGGGCUGCCCUACUCCUUUGAGCGGGUGCCACACGCUGAGGAGGUGGCCACCAUGCUGCUGCGCUCGCCCAUUGCCCAGGCAGCGCGGGUGCAGACGCCGGUGCUGCUGUGUGUGGGUGCCCGGGACCGGCGAGUCAGCCCCACGCAGGCAGUGGAGCUCUACCGGGUGCUGCGGGCCAGGGGGGUGCCCGUGCGGCUGCUGUGGUACCCACAGGGGGGCCAUGCACUAGCCGGCGUGGAGAUGGAGGCUGAUGUCUUCAAGAACUGUGCCCAGUGGCUCCUUCAGCACGUGGGGCUGCCUUGAUGGGACAGGACAGAACAGCACAGACCCCAGCACCCAC